AUGGCGUUCCCAGCAGCAGUUUUUAUUCUUCCUGCAGGCACUCUUUUCAUUCUCUCAGGCCUUAUUGUUAACGCAAUUCAGAUUGUCGUCUUUAUCCUUUUUCGCCCAAUAUCAAGAAAUUUAUUCAGAAGAAUAAACAAUAUGCUUACUCAAUCACUAUGGUUGGAGCUCAUAUUUCUCAUUGAUUGGUGGGGAGCCAUUAAGAUUGAACUGCACAUGGAUUCCGAAUCUCGUCAAUUAAUGGGUAAAGAAAAUGCUCUUUUGCUGUGCAACCACAGGAGUGACAUUGAUUGGCUCAUUGGAUUCGCCUUAGCUCAGCGCUCGGGCUGCCUUGGCAGCUCUCUAGCCAUUAUGAAGAAAGAACUCAAGUACCUUCCUGUUAUAGGUUGGUCAAUGUGGUUUUGUGAUUACAUAUUUCUAGAAAGAGAAUGGGCAAAAGAUGAAAGAACACUCAGUUCAGGUCUUAAGCAGUUAGAGAAUUCCCCACUACCGUUUUGGCUGGCUCUUUUUGUCGAAGGAACUCGUUUCACACCGGAUAAGCUUCUAGCAGCUCAAGCAUUUGCUGCUUCAAGAGGCCUACCUAUACCUAAAAAUGUUUUGAUUCCCCGUACUAAGGGUAUUGUCUGUGUAGUAGAAAAUAUUCGGAGUUUCACUCCAGCUAUUUAUGAUUGCACUUAUUCAGUUAAAAAAGGUGAUACUCCUCCAACAAUGUUGAGAUUGUUUAAAGGUCAAUCUUCUUCGGUGAAACUUCAAAUACAACGACUCAAAAUGGAGGAUCUGCCACAUACGCCUAAUGAAAUUGCAGAAUGGUGCAAAGACCUAUUUAUAUCCAAGGAUGCUAUGUUGGAGAGAUAUAACACUACGGAUGUUUUCAGUGAUGCAGAACUUCAAGACCUGGGUCGGUCUAAGAAAUCUAUUUUUGUUGUGCUUUGUUGGACUUGUCUCCUUGGGUUCCUACUUUACGAGUUCUUCAAGUCGACCAAACUGUUGUCCACGUGGGAAGGGAUCUUAUGCACAGUGCUAUUCUUUGUAGUAGUCACACUUGUUAUGGAACUUCUCAUUCAUUCAACUCAAUCUGAACGUUCUACGCGCAUGAAUUUGCCUACACAAGAUCCUCUGAGGCAGAAGCUUCUUCAGUGA